AAUAAAUAAAUAUAUAUUCAAUUUUAUGAAGAAAUUGAUUAAAACAAAUAAAUUUAAAAAAGAAAAAUCUGUUGACCGUUUUUUAGUUAAUUUACGCACAAAAACAAUUACUAGAACAUACCUCUUUGCUUCCCACAGAUCGAAUCCGCCUCCGUUUGUCUUCUUUUUUUUUUUCUUCCUAUUUUUCGACGUAAUUUCGAACAAGAUUCCAACUUUCUUGAUUCUGAAGAUUGCCAAGAAAAGCAAUUCUAAUUGGAGCCCGGAUUUUUAAAUAAUUAGAUAUAUAUAUCAAUUGUAAAGAUCGGGGGAAAAAAAUAAAUAAAUGGUGAUGAGGUUGAUGCAAGAUUCAAUGCCGGGAGCAGCUGAGGCGGCGGCGGCGACGGCGACCACAUCGCACGCUACGUCGUCGUUUUUCGCGAAUUACCCCUUGAUGUCUGCCCUUGUUGCCUUUGCUAUCGCCCAGGCAACUAAGUUCCUUUCUUCCUGGUAUAAGGAAAACCGUUGGGAUCUGAAGCAACUGGUUGGAUCUGGUGGUAUGCCGUCUUCUCAUUCAGCUACAGUUACUGCUCUUUCGGUGGCUGUCGGUCUCCAAAACGGUUUUGGUGGAUCGGCUUUUGCUAUUGCACUAGUCUUGGCAUUUGUGGUGAUGUAUGAUGCAACUGGUGUACGAUUACACGCUGGACGUCAAGCAGAGGUUUUGAAUCAAAUUUUAUGCGAACUUCCAGCUGAGCAUCCCCUUGCUGAGAGCAGACCUCUACGCGAGCUUCUUGGUCACACUCCUACUCAGGUUGUUGCUGGUGCACUAUUGGGACUGUUUACAGCGACAACUAUCCGUUUGAUCUGCGGAUCGGGUGUUCAAGAUCGAUAGUUUCUCAUGUAUUCCACGGAUAAUGAUACAGAUUUUAGGUCAACUCCAAACUAUUUAUUUAUCUUCGGUUAUUCUUUAAUUCAUAUGGUGUAUCAGAUACGUAUGAACGAGGGUAGGUUCUAUUUAUUAGUAUGGCUGUGCAUUAUAUAUAUAUAUAUAUAUAUAGCAUUGUAUUUGUACCAGUAGGGAAAUUAUUUACUAAGUUGUGGAUUAUAUAUAGAUACCUACUUGUGAUUAAACAGCAUAAAUUCUCAUUAAAUUUGUUCAUGUUAGUACAGUAUUCUGGCGCGAUAAUCUGUAUGGUCUUCAUCGUAUAUUUCAAUUUUAUUUUUUUUC